CUUGUUUGUUUGUUAAAGGAACUCUAGGAUGUCCGAAUUUGAUGAAGUUGUGCCUACAUUCAUUCUUACGGAAAGUAUCCACGAUUUGUGCUCCAGACAGAUUGCUCGGGCAAUCAAGAAAAACCAAUGGCUAAAGGAAGAAGACUCGGUGAUGGACUUUGGUUGUGGAAUUGGUUCGUUUUCCUACAUUCUGUUGGAAGAAAUUGGAUACAAGAGCUGCCUUGGGGUUGAUUCUUCUGAAAAGAUGGUUGCUCGAUAUAACAAAACCGCAAAGGAGAACCACUGGGAUGACAAGAUGAAGGCAAUCUGUAAGUUCAUCGAGAACCCAGAUGAGCUGAAUGGUGAGAAAUUCGAUGUAAUUGUUUCACUCAAAACGUUCCACCAUAUCCCCAACCCUGUUGAGACGAUAACUCUUCUGAAAUCCUAUCUCAAACCACAGGGUCGUUUAAUCAUCGCAGACUUGAAAUUAGACGCUCAUUCUCCCAUCUAUCACCGAUCCGUUGCGGAACCGCCCGUUUGUCAUGGCUUUACCCAGGAGACAAUGAGAGAGUAUAUGGAGAAGGCAGGAUUCAAGGUGGACGUGGAGACGGUCAAUGUAGUCCAUUUCCUGGAAUGCCUCGAUCACGAGGCAGCCAAAGUGGAAUACGAUGCUCUGCCGCCAUUUGAGGGCCGAGUCGACCGAAUGGAUCUUGACAAACUACCUCCGAUGAUUCAUUUGGGUCCCAAGUAUUUUGAAAAGGAUGUGUUUCCUUUCAUUGUUGCUUGUGGAACGCUGGCUUGA